ACAGAUUCUCUCCGUCCUAGGAAUAUUUAUUUGGUCUGCUUUGACAUAAAUUUUAUAAUUUAAUUUGCCAGAGAAUAUUCAGAAAGUUUUAAUUGCUUAUUUACAACAAAAAUAAUAAUUAAUAAAUAAUUUUCUAGGUAUCACACAGGAGGAAUAUCGUCAAGCUGUGAAGUCAAAUGCUGACAUUCCAUUCAUAUGUACAUCGUGUGAGCAAUCAGAUGAGACAACUGGCCAACAUGGGGCAACAUUCAUUGUACAAACUUCUCUUCUGUCUGAAGCCUCAGAAAUGGAGACAGAUUCUGUGUUAAGGGACUCUUGUGAGGAUUACCAUGAGGAUACUAACAUUUCUGUGAAUGCUGGACUUAUCCACCCACAUAAUAUUGAUCGCUCAAUCUUGAUUGAAUCAGAAACAAAUGAAACCUCUCAACCUGAUGAAGUCUUAUCAACAUCAGUAAUAGGACAUGAACAAGAGACUGUUACAUUUGAAGUGUUCCCUGAAGGUAGUAAACGUGGGAAACCAUUACUUGUGUCUUCUGAUGGAUUCCGUUACAGUGUAAAAAAAAAUCAAAAGAAGUCUGUGCUAUGGAUUUGUUCGAGCCGUUCAUUAAAAGUAAGAUGCUACGCUACAGUGAUUCAAAAGGGCAGUGAAUUUGUAAGAGGACAUACAUCUCACCAGCAUGGCCCUAAAGUGUCUCUGAAAGAAAAAAUUAGUGUCAGUGUUCAAGUAAAAACCAGUGCUAGUGCCAACCCCUACAAAAGUGCCACUGAAAUUAGUACAGAAAUUCGGGAUAAUUCUAUACUUCCUGAACAACCUGGAUUACCACUAGCAUCUAGUCUAGCUAGGAAGGCUAACAGAUACCGCUGUACCCUACGUCCUGCAGAGCCUAAGGACCUUCAGUUUGAAGUGGAUGAGUGCUUCUUGAAAUGUAAAGACUUCCUUGUGGCUGACAUUACAAAUGGAUCUGCGCGUCAUCUUGUGUUUGCCACCAAGCAACAACUAGAGCUUCUUAGUAACACUAAACGGUGGUUCAUGGAUGGGACUUUUAAAGUAGUUGGUCAACCAUUUGAGUCAGGACAGUUGUCUUCCAUACAUGGAUUCGUGAAAGUAAAUAAUGUUGAGAAGCAGGUGCCACUAGCCUAG